AUGUUACACUCAUUAAGAGAUAAAGAAAUUAUUACGUGUAUAUCAGAUAAUGAACCGAUUGACGUAUCGUUGAGUGUUUUAGUCGCACUUGGCUUGUUAAUAAGUUGCGUCCCUCAGGUAUCAAGAAUUAUUAAAUACAAAUCGAGCGAGGGGAUUAGUCCCUGGUUCCUUUUAUUUGGAACAAUAUCAGCAACUUGUAGUCUUUUUAAUAUUAUAAUUUUACAAUUUCACAUGAUUGAAUGUUGUCGAAUUGUACCUGGUAUAACGUGUUUGGAGAAUACGUUAGGUAUCAUUCAACUCGCGAUUCAAUGGUUUACGUUCAUGUUAAUUUUAAUCCUUUUCAUGUUAUAUUUUCCUUCGCAUCGAAAACUUGCACCAUAUAUUCGUCAUCUUCAUUUCAAUAUCCCACCAACUAGAUGGUCAAUUGAGUGGCGGAUCCUUUUAUUAUUUUAUGGUCAUGAAGAUAUCAAUUGGAUGAAAGGGUGGGCAGAUUUCUUGGGUGUAUCGUCCAUGAUAUUUGUAUCUAUUCAAUUUAUCCCACAGUUAUACAGAACAUGGUGGCGUAAGUCCGUUGGUGCGCUUAGCAUUCCGAUGAUGUUUAUGCAAGUUCCUGCUUCAUUUAUUUUUGUUUACACACUUUACAUUAGACCCGGUACUAGAUGGACCACAUGGAUUGUAUUCUUUGUUUCAGGAUGUUUACAAGGAAUACUUCUCAUCAUGUGUAUUUGCUGGUAUUUUCGAUCAAAACGUCUCGGUCAUGGACCAUUUUAUGUCAGUGAAACAGAUCAACUACUGGGUCGUAAUGGUAAACCAUUGCUUCCUGAUGAACGUACAAGGUUAAUAAAUAAAGGACAAAAGAAACGUUCGCCUAGACCUUCCACUUCAAGGGGAAGUAGCUACAAUAGCAAUACUUCUGACCUCCCCCCUACUAAAGAUCAUAGUUUAAAUAUUGAUAAUGAUCCCAAUUAUUUGGCUGUAUCAUCUUAA